UUUGUUUACUUCCUUUUUUGCUCUUGUUGGCCAACUCGCUGGACAGCAGACAAGUCAUCAAACAACUGUAACAGCCAGAGACAAGUGAUAAGACCACGGUUGAUUUAUAGCACACGUUAUGUUCAGUGCCUCACACAAUGGGCAAAAGCAGAACAAAAAGAUUUAGUGCUAUAAAGCACAACCCGACUGGACUUCUUCAAGGGACAGACCUUGGUCUUGACUUACCCGACGAUCAGAAUGAGAACGGUUCCUCGCAAAGCUGCAAUGACAUCUCUUCUUUCGUUACAAACAUUGUCGACAAGCUUCAGUCAGCCAGCUCUGAGGACCGAGCUUGUGGUUGCCAGAUGCUGACUCGCGUUGAGUCUCAGCCGAGGGCGGUGGAAUAUCUUCUACAACAGAACAUUGUCAGAAUUAUCUGUCCUCUCUUUUUGGAUUCUAGUUCUGAAGUACAGAUCAAUGCUCUGGGAGCAGUAAGAAAUAUAUGCAUACAUGGAAACGAAAGUGUAUGUAGUGCAGUGGUGGCCAGUGAUGUUCUAACCCCUCUUACGGCUCUCAUAAAGCAGUAUGACAACACUUGGACCGCUAGAAAAGAAUCAGGGAAGUGUGGCUCAAGUUCAGAUGUCUUGAUACAAGCUGUCGAGCUUUUUACCAUUUUGUGUGAAAACAAUGCAAAGGCAGUCACAGUAUUUAAUAAAGAAAACCUGCUGAUGUUGCUGCUUCCCAUGCUCAAGGUUGAGACCUACAGUUAUGACUUGUCCUGUGCUGUGGCCCAGUGCUUGCAUGUGGUCAGUGAGAACAACCCAGACGUGACCGCUGUCUGCCAGGACCAUGAAGUUCAGUCCACGCUCUUCCACAUAGCCUGCGGCACGGCCACGGAAAUAGAUGCAAUAUUGUUUCGUACCCUCGUCACUGGGAUUGUACUCAACUUCUCGGAGGCUGCUGUCAGCCCAUAUCACAAAGUGAUUGUGAAGAACUUGAGUGAUGUCUUAGAUAUUGACUACGUUCCUGUGUUAAAAACAGCCCUGGAGAAACAGCAACAGGCUGCUGAGAAUGAAAUGUAUUCAGAAGAAGGGGUUUCCUCUGGUGUGGACAAACUGCUGCGUGCCCAAGGCGUGUGUUUGGAGCUGCUGGCAAACUUAUGCUGCACAGACGAUGAUGAGUGGGAGGACAUGGAGAUGGACUGCCAGGGGUCCGAGGAAUCGUCGGAUGAUCAGGCGCUGGAGGAGGCCGGUGCUUGUCAGGAAAACUCCGCCGAUGGAAAUAUGGAGUCUCUUUGUCUCUCAACUGAACUGCAUUCUUCUUUCAUGGAAAAUAACGUUUUGUCCAAGAUUAUGCAGAAAACUUUGCCUGUGGAAUGUCCUCUCAUGGAACAGAUGCGACAGUUUCGUUGGGGGAAAGUUGUUCAGACGAAGCUAAACGAACUCCAGUCGCGCGGCCUUUUGUGCCUCAGCAAUGUUGUUAGUGCACUGGAUGCAGAGUCAUUGUCCACCUCUCCCACACCUUUGUCAUCCAUCUGGACAAAUGUACACAAGUUGGCCGCACUGUCUCAAAGUACUCAUGGAAGUGAUGAAGACCACAAGUGGGCCGUGACGAGUGCUAUGAGGGCUGUGAUUCAGAGAAUGGCAGAAUUUGAUGUCUCGAAUGUUGGUGAAGUGAGCACUGCUGAUCUGGAGUCAAUGGUGAACAUUGGUGUUUCAAGCAAAAGCCGCGAGACCCAAAUCAAUGUGCUUCGGAUCAUCUCCACAAUUGGCUGUAUCCUGUCUGCUCAGACACCGCCCCAUGUGUUGCUCACGAGAAUCGGUUUCAUAUUGUGUGAGGUGGCCUGCAACAACGAAGAUGUGGUUGUCAUGGCAGAAGCUCUCGACUCUCUGUUUGAUGUCUUCAAGGAGGAUCACACGGACGCUGUGGUCAGAGAGAUUGGAUUGGUGGACAAGCUCAGGUCUCUUCAGUCCUCCUUUAAGUCAAAGGUUUCCGGCCAGAGAAAGAAGCUUGGAGAGAACUAUGGAGUUGUGAUGAUGGCAAAGGCAAACUUGGCUGGUUUUAUCAAGUACAAAACAUCUCAACAUUGAUGUUAGUCUGGUAUUCUAUUUGAUAUGUUGCUGCUUCUGGUGCCCCUGCCUUUUAAAAAUGAAUAAAAUAAGCAUGUUUUCCCAAAAA